AUGACAUCGUUUCAGUUGCAACCCUCUGCUUCUUGUUUAGGAGACCAGACCCAACAGGUUAAGAAGCGUUUAGAUAUCAAGUUCGACAUUGACCGUGUCGAGAGCGCAGGAGCCGACCAAGCGGCGAGCUACGUCGAGUCCGUGGCUGCUCGUCUCCCCAAAGCCCAUCAGGACUUCUUGCUCCAACGACAUGGCACACUGGAAUUGGACCCUAUCCCAGGCAUGAGCCCAGAAGAUCCGUAUAACUGGCCUGAGUGGAAGAAAAUGACCAAUCUUAUCCUCGUGGCAUUUCAUGCCUGUAUGGGUACCUUCACCGCUGCAGCUAUCAUCCCAGCCUAUUCAGACAUCGCCGAGGGAUUUGGUGUUGGCUUGCAAAAUGCUAGUUAUCUGACUUCAUUGCAAAUCGCCAUCUUGGGAGGCGCUCCCCUGUUCUGGGUACCAUUGUCCAAUCGCUUCGGUCGCCGCCCUAUCUUUCUCUUGUCACUCGUCUGCAGCCUGUUCUGCAACAUUGGCUGUUCCAAAAGCACUACCUACGCAUCAGUCGCUGCCUGCCGGGCUUUGGUGGCAUUUUUUAUCUCACCUGCCUCGGCCAUCGGCAGCGCGGUGGUGAUGGAAACCACUUUCAAGAAAAACCGCGCACGCUACAUGGGCGUUUGGACCCUGAUGAUCACUUUGGGGGUGCCAAUUGGGCCCUUCCUUUUCGGCUUUGCCACCUACCGUACGGGUUACCACUGGAUCUACUGGAUCCUGGCUAUGAUCAACGGUGCACAAUUCAUCCUGUAUCUCCUCUUCGGACCUGAGACUCGGUAUGUUGGCAGCGGUGUCAACCGUCCAGCGGCAAACUGGAAGACGGAGUAUCUGUCAAUCCGGCGAAUUGAUUCCACCCCGCUGACCUGGUGGAAGUUCGUCCGACCUCUGACCAUGGCCCGCCACCUGUCCAUUCCCAUCCCUGCCUGUGCGUAUUCCAUGGUCUUCUUGUUCGGUAGUGUCCUUGCGACUGUUGAGGUGCCCCAGCUGUUGCAAGAGAAGUUUGAGCUGAAUGCCGAGCAGCUGGGCCUCCAGUUCCUGGGUGUCAUCAUUGGAUCGGUAAUUGGCGAGCAGAUGGGUGGUGUGCUGUCAGACUUCUGGAUGAGCCAACGCGCCCGCUGUAUCGGACGCAAGCCCGACCCCGAGUUCUGGCUGUAG